AUGCCACCACCCGGAGUCUACUGGGGCUUGCUGCCACCGUCGCCGCCACCUGUCGUUUCCUCCCUGUCCUCGCCACUGCCGCUGCCUGGUCGCGCCUUCCGGUCCUCGCUGUCGCUGCCUCUGCCCGGAGAUUCCCGGUGCUCUCCGCAGCCGUCGCUGCCGCCUGGUCGCCGCUUCCCGGUUCUUGCUGCCGCCACCAUCGCCGCCUGGUCGCUGCCUCCCGGUCUUCGCCGCUGCAGAGUCCGUCUGGAAACUCCGGUUAUCGCCACCACCACCGCCGCCUGGUCGCCGCCUCCCGGUCCUCGCCGCCGCUGCCGCCACCCAGAGCCAACAGGUGCUAUCCACCGCCGUCGCCGCCGCCAGGUCGCUGUCUCUGAGUGGUCGCGACCGCCGCCGCCGCCGCCGCCACCGCCGCCGCUGGUCGCCGCCUCCCAGUCCACGCUUCCACUGCCACUGCCCGGAGCCUCCCGCUGCUCACCACCGCCAACACCGCCGCCUGGUCGCCGAAUCCUAGUCCGCGCCGCCACCGCCGCCGCCGCCUGGUUACCGCCUACCGGUCCUCACGGCCGCCGCCGCUGCGUGGUCGCCGCCUUCCGGUACUCGCCGCUGCCGCUGCUGCCGCCUGGUCGCGACCUCCCAGUCAUUGACGCCGCCGCCGCCGCCCGGUCGCCGCCUCCUUGUGCUCGCCGCCGCCGCCGCCCGCCUGGUCGCGGAUCCCUGUGGUGGCCACUGGGCCUGGUCGCCAUCCCCUGGUCUUCGCCGCCGCUGCCGCCGCCAUCCGGAGCCUUUCGGUGCUUGCCAGCCGCCGCAACCGCCUGGUCGCCGCCUCCCGGUCGACGCUUCCACUGCCGCCGCCCGGACCCUACCGGUGGUCACCGCCGCCGCCGCCACUUGGCUGCCGCCUCUCGGUCCUCGCCGCCGCCGUCGCUGAAGCCUGGUCACCGCCUCACGAUAUUCGCCACAGCUGCCGCCACCCGCAGCCUACCGGUGCUCACCACUGCCAUCGCUGCCGCCUGGACGCCACCUCCCAGUCCUCGACGCCGCCGCCGCCGCCCGGUCGCCGCCUCCUUGUGCUCGCCGCCUUCGCCGACGCUGCCUGGUCACAGAUCCCAGAGGUGGCCGCCACGGCCUGGUCACCCCCUCCCUGGCCUUUCCGCCGCUGCCACCCUCGGAGCCUCGCGGUCCUCGGCGCCGCUGCCACCGCCUGGUCGACGCCUCCUGGUUCCCACCGCCGACGCGGCUGCCGCUAAAGCCUGGACAUCGCCUCCUGGUGCUCGCCGCUGUCGCCGCCACCCGGUGCCCUUCGCCGCCGCCGCCGCAGCCUGGUCGCCGCCUCUAAGUCCUCGCCGCCGCCGCCGCCGCCGUCUGGUUGCCGCCUCCGGCCUUCGCCGCGGCCGUCGCCACCUUCUGGUCACUUCCUCCCGAUCUUGCCGCCGCUGCCACUGCCCGGAGCCCCCCGGUGCUCACCGCCUCCAACGCCGCCGCCUGGUCGCCGACUCACCGUCCUCGCCGGCACCGCUGCUGCCGCCUGGUUGCCGCCACCAGGUCCUCGCGGCCGCCGUCGCCACCACGUGGAAACCGCUUUCCGGUACUCGCCGCCUCUGCAGCCGCUGCCUGGUCGCCGCCUCCUGGUCUUUGCUGCCGCUGCUGCCACCCGGAGCCUACCAGUGCUCGCCGCCGCCACCGCCGCCUCGUCGCCGCUUCCCGGUCCUCGCUGCCGCUCCCGCCGCCUGGAGCCUACCCGUGCUAAACGCCGCCAUCGCCGACGCCUGGCCGCCGACUCCCAGUCCUCGCUGCCGCCAUCGCCUGGUCGCCGCCUACUCGUGUUUGCCUCUGCAGCUGCCUCCCAGAGCCUCCCGGUGCUCGCCGCCGCUGCCGCCGCCUGGUCGCCGCCUCCCACCCCUCGCCGCUGCCGCCGCCGCAGCCGGGUCGCCGCCUCCUGGUGCUCGCCACCGCCGCCGCCACCUGUUCACCGCCUCACGGUCUCCGCCACCGCUGCCGCAGCCAGGAGCCUCCCGGUGCUCGCUGCCACUGCCACUGCCGCUGCCGCCGCCUGUCGUCGCCUCCCGGUCCUCGCUGCCGCUGGCGCCGCCCGGACCGUACCGGUGGACACCGCCGCAGUCGCCGCAAUCUGUGCUCGCCGGCACUGUCGUCGCCGCCUGGUCGCCGCCACCCAGUCCUCGCCGCCGCAAACGCCGCCGCCUGGUCGCCGCCUCCCGGGCUUCGCCGCUGCUGCUGCCAUCCAGAUCUUGCUGGUGCUCGCCGCCCACUGGUCAUCGCCUCCCAGUCUUCGCCGCCGCCGCCACCUUGUCGCCACCUCAUGGUUCUCGCCGCCGCCACCCGAUCGCCGCCUCGCAGUGCUCAUCGCUGCCACCGCUGCCACGGCCUGGUCGCCACCUCCCUGGCCUCGACGCCGCUACUGCCACGCUGAGCCUCCCUGUGCUCGCUGCCGCCUCCUGGUCGCCGCCACCCGGUCCUCGCCACUGCCACCACCACCGCCGCCGCCUCCACUGCCGAGACGGCUUUGUCGGAGCUGGGCGCUGGGCGCGGCUCCCAUUUCCUUGCGGGGGUGGUAUCGAGCGGCGGCGUGAUCCUUGUUACCGCGGCCGCUGA